AUGAUGAUCAAUCGACAUUACUUAAAAUUACUAGUUACCAUAACAUUAUCAUUCCUAAUAUUAUUCUUUUAUAUUAUAUUACAACAAAUAAAACCAAAUAUCAUAUCACAAGAUGCUUUAUUAGUGGAUCAAAUGCAUCUAUAUGAAUUUUUGAAUGGCGAAAAACAAAUCAUAUCAGAUUUAGAAAUCUUCAAGUGUAGAAAAUUUUCACAAAAAUGUGAUGAAAAUAUUCCAAAUGAAUUUAUUUUAUUAAGACCACCACUCAAUUACCAUUAUCCAAAAAGUAAUAAAGAUUUUUAUAAGUUUGAUUAUUAUUUAGGUGUGAAAUUUGCCAAAAUUGAUGGAAGCUCACAAUAUUUAGAAAAUUUAUCAUUAAUUAAAAAAGAUGGAUAUAAGGAAGUUACAUUAGAUGAUUUUACAAUUUAUAAAAAAGUUUUAGUUACAAAUGCUGGAAAACCUUUACCUGAUGAUGUAUCAAUUAUAAGAUCAAUGGAUAUUUUAUUUGGUAGUAAUGAUUUUAUAGAUUCAAGGCCGAAUCACGAAGCUUUACAUUUAUCUGAUGAUAAUUCGAUAAAUCCGAUUAUUUCUUUUGAGAGAGUCACCAAGAAUGAAAUUAAAGCAUCAGUGAAAAUAAUGAAACAAAUUGAUCAAGUUAAAAAUGACAACACUAUAAACACGGAUAAAGAAAAGUACAAAGUUUUGCAAUUAUCAGAUUUACACUUUGGUCAAGAUUUAGGUAGAUGUUCAAAUAACAAAGAUAACACUAAUUCAGAAGAUCGUCAAAAGAACAAUUGUAAAUCAGAUUUGAGAACUACAAAAUUUGUUGAAAAAGUAAUAAGUAAAGAAAAUCCAGAUUUAAUUGUGAUAACUGGAGAUUUAAUAGAUGUAAAAAGAAUGAUUGACUAUAAAUCAAUAUUAUUAAAAUCAUUACAGCCGAUAUUGAAUUCACAAAUAAAGUUCUUAUAUACAUUCGGAGACGAAAACUUAUCAACCGAAACUAAAAAAUUAAUCAUCAAGUUUUUAUCAACAUUACCAAAUUGUCUCAACACUCCAAUAACUGAACCAAAUUUAAUUCAUGGACUAACUAAUUACAAUUACCAAGUAAUAAAUGAAAAAUAUCCAAAUCAAGUAUCUUCAAUAACAGUUUUGGAUUCUCAAGGUCAUUUUAUUGAUGAAUCACAAAUCAAUUAUUUGUACAGAUUAAACAACAUUCAUCAAGAUUCAGUCUAUAAGUUAUUAUUCUUCCAUCAUCCAAUUCCACAAUUCAGACCAGAAGGUACUUUCAAAAUCAUAGGAUCAUACAACGAGAAACAUGCGUUAGAUACAAAAACAAAUAUGAAAUUCCAUGAUGAUAUAAUUAAUUGUAAAUAUAACGUUGUUGCAGUAGGUCAUGAGCAUGAAAAUGAUGCUUGUAUAUUAUCUGAACAAGUGAAAAAAGCAGAUGAAAUGAAAUCUAUAUGGUUAUGUUAUAAUUCAGUUACUGGAGAUUCCGGCCGUACUGUUAUAAAUGAAAAUUAUGUUAGAAAAAUGAGAUUGUUUGAAAUUGAUUAUGAACAAAAAAGAAUUUUGAGUUGGAAGAGGAAAGAAGAUGAUAAAGCUAUAUUUGAACCUCAAUUGAUCUUUAAAAAAUAA